GGAGUAAAAGAGAAUCCAGAUCCUAUAAAUAGAUGUGCUAGCCUUGUGCCUACUCAAUCCUCUCUAACAUCCAAGUGUCCCCCAUGGAUCCUGAUUCUUAUGUCCAAAUUGUUGUAGCAAUCUUAGCCUUGUUGAUUGUCCUCAUAGUGUUUAGAUUCAUUAGAUCACCAAAUGGAGCUAAAGUAAACAAAGGAAGAACCAAGUACAACAAAAUACCCGAACCAUUUGGUGCUUUACCCCUCAUAGGUCACCUCCAUCUAUUGAAUGCUCAAGAGCCAUAUUUUAGAACCUUCUCAGCCAUGGCUCAGAAGUAUGGUCCAAUUUUCUCCCUCAGGCUCGGUUGCCACAACACCAUAGUGGUGAAUAGCCGCGAAAUUGCGAAAGAGUUCCUCACGACAAAUGACAAAGUUUUCGCCUCAAGGCCUAACACAGCUGGUGGGAGAUACAUGGGUUACAACAAUGCAAUUAUCGGUCUCGCCCCAUAUGGAAAUUACUGGCGUGAACUGAGAAAAAUCGCCACUCUUGAGGUUCUAUCAAGUCACAGGCUUGAAAAGCUUAAGCAUGUGAGGGACACGGAGAUAUAUUCUCUUGUCAAAGAUUUGUACUCAUUUUCAAAGAACAUGAACCCUUCAAGUCAAGUGCCAAUAAGCACAUUAUUAGAGCACAUGACAUUCAACAUAAUUGUGAGGAUGAUUGCUGGGAAGCGAUUUAGCGGUGAAACCAUCCACCAAGAAGAUAGUGAGGCGUGGAGACUAAGGAGUGCAAUCAAAGAUGCCACUUAUCUUUUUGGUGUUUUUGUGGCGGCUGAUGCUAUUCCUUGCCUUGGAUGGUUUGAUUUUGGAGGGUAUGUGGGUUUCAUGAAGAGAACCGCUAAGGAAAUUGACUUUAUUCUUGAUAAAUGGAUGCAUGAACAUUUGAGAAAGAGAGAUGAGGUUAACAAUGGUGGAUGUGAAGAUGAUUUCAUGGACGUGUUGAUAUCAACCUUCCAAGAACAUGAUGUGAUUUGGAACCACGAGAGGGAAAUAGUGAUCAAAGCAACAGCACUGAUUCUUAUCCUUACAGCCUCAGGAAGCACAGCCAUAACACUAACAUGGGCACUUUCCUUGCUCUUAAACCAUCCAAGGAUCCUAAAGGUUGCCCAACAAGAGCUGGACACUAACAUAGGAAAAGACAAAUGGGUGCAAGAAUCUGACAUCAAAGACCUCAAAUAUCUCCAAGCCAUUGUCAAAGAGACCCUUCGUCUAUACCCACCAGCACCCUUAACAGGAAUAAGGGAAGCCACUGAAGAUUGCGACGUGGCAGGUUACCCUGUCCCAAAAGGCACUCGUUUGCUAAUUAACCUAUGGAAGUUGCAAAGGGACCCUCAGAUAUGGUCCAACCCAGAUGAGUUUCAACCUGAGAGGUUCCUCAAUGCUCAUGAAGAUAUCAGUUUUCAGAGUCAGGACUUUGGGUUUAUCCCAUUUAGCUUUGGAAGAAGGUCAUGCCCUGGCAUGACUUUUGGGUUGCAAGUGCUGCAUUUAACUCUCGCUCGUUUGCUUCAAGGGUUUGACAUAUGCACAAAAGCUGGUGUUGUUGAUAUGACUGAAGGACUAGGAGUGGCCUUGCCUAAGGAAAAUACACUUGAAGUUGUGCUUGAACCACGUCUCCCGUUGAAGCUUUAUGAAAGCCUUUGAAUCAAGUUUUUUAAGAACUUAAUAAGAAUCAAUAAAGGGCCUUUACUUCUACUAUGAGAUGGAGCCUAAAAUAAUCUGAAUGUGGUUGUUAUUUUAGUUUGAGUAGAGGCAAUGAUGAUAUUAGUGUAUAUGCUUGUUGUUUAAAUUGGUCUCUUCAUUGUGCAUCUUUAAACAAUAUGAAACCUCCUUGGUUUA